AAGAAAUUGUCACUUUUUGUGGAAUGUGCACCUUGCUGUUAAGCUGGCUCGAGCGACUUCACUGCAUUGAUGCUGCAUUUGAUCAAGCUUGUGUGUCGCAUCUCCCCCAGAAAUUGUCACGUGAUCCAUCUUUCUACUUCCAAUGCACAACCCAAAGCCAAAAAUAUUUUUGAACAAAUACAUUCUCUUUCCAUACAGGGUAACCUUCAUGAAGCUCUCUCACUUUUUUACACCUGCAACAUACCCAUUGGCUCGUCUUUGUCUCGUCAAACCUGUGCCACUUUGUUUCAUGCCUGUGCACGCCAUAAGUAUCUCCCUGGAGGCACGGGUCUGCAUCAUUACUUACUUGAGAGAGACCCCUCAAUCAAAUAUGACCUCUUUGUUACCAAUCAUAUUAUGAAUAUGUACUGCAAGUGUGGCCAGAUGGCUGAUGCCCACUACCUGUUUGAUCAAAUGUCCCAAAGAAAUAUUGUCUCUUGGACUGCCCUCAUUUCGGGAUACGCUCAAUCUGGCCGUGUGAGAGAAUGUUUCACUCUCUUCUCCAGCCUUAUGGAGCACUGCCGCCCUAAUGAAUUUGCUUUUGCAAGUUUGCUUAGUGCUUGUGAGGAGCAUGGCAUCAAUUGUGGCAGGCAGGUACAUGCAGUUGCAUUGAAAAUUUGUUUGGAUGCCAAUGUAUAUGUUGCGAAUUCUCUUAUUACCAUGUAUUGCAAGUGUUCUGGAUACGGUGGAGUUUUUGAUGAUAAAACAGAUGAGGGCUGGACCAUUUUUAAGUCAAUGGAGUUCCGAAAUCUUAUUUCUUGGAAUUCAAUGAUUGCAGGAUUUCAAUCUCGUGGACUUGGCGACCAGGCCAUUUGCCUGUUUACACAAAUGUAUCAGCAUGGCAUUGGGUUUGACCGUGCCACCCUACUUAGUGUCCUUUCUUCCUUGUCUGAAUGCAGUAAUACUGAUGAUAUUGGCAGACAUCUCUGGAGGUGUUUCCAAUUGCAUUGUCUCUCUAUCAAAAGUGGGUUUAUUUCACAAGUUGAAGUGAGAACUACAUUGCUCAAAUCCUAUGCAGAUCUUGGCGGGUGCAAUUCUGACUGUUAUAGGCUCUUCUCUGAAACAAGUUCUUAUCAAGAUAUUGUCUUAUGGACUGCUAUUAUCACAGUGUUUGCAGAACAAGAUCCUGAGCAUGCCCUUUUUCUCUUCUGCCAAAUGCAUCGGAAUGACUUUGUACUGGAUUGGCAUGCAUUCUCAAUUGUCUUAAAGGCUUGUGCAGUCUUUGUUACUGAGCAGCAUGCCUUGGCGGUUCACUCGCAAGUAAUUAAAAAGGGUUUUCAAGAAGACACUGUAAUUGCAAACGCGUUGAUCCAUGCUUAUGCAAGGUGUGGCUCCUUAGUAUUCUCUGAACAAGUAUUUGAUGAGAUGGAUUGCCACGAUUUGGUUUCCUGGAAUUCAAUGCUCAAAUCUUAUUCCUUACAUGGAAAAGCUAGAGAAGCACUGCAGCUGUUUCAGCAGAUGAAUGUCAAUCCAGAUUCUGCAACUUUUGUUGCUCUCCUCUCAGCUUGCAGCCAUGCUGGGCUUGUUGAAGAAGGAGUGAAAAUAUUUAACGCUAUGCCUCAAAAUUAUGGACAUGCUCCUCAGCUAGAUCACUAUGCCUGCAUGGUUGACCUUUUUGGACGGGCUGGGCGAAUGGUUGAGGCUAAUGAUUUGAUACACAAGAUGCCAAUGAAACCUGAUUCUGUAAUCUGGAGUGCAUUACUUGGAUCUUGCAGAAAGCAUGGUGAGGCCCACUUGGCCAAAUUAGCAGUUGAUAAACUUAUGGAGUUAGAGCCUAAAAAUUCAUUGGGCUAUGUGCAAAUGUCAAACAUAUAUUCUUCCGCUGGUAGUUUUAAUGAAGCUAGCUUGAUUAGGAAAGAAAUGAGAGGCUCUAGGGUGAGAAAAGAACCUGGAUUAAGCUGGAUUGAGAUUGGAAAGAAGGUUCAUGAGUUUGCCUCAGGAGGUCAACGCCAUCCACAGAGGGAGCUCAUACUCAACAGGCUUGAAAUAUUGAUUAGACAGUUAAAGGAAAAGGGUUAUGUGCCAGAGACAAGCGUUGCCUUGUACGACACAGAAGAGGAGAACAAAGAGGAGCAAUUGUUCCAUCAUAGUGAGAAGAUGGCAUUGGUAUUUGCCAUAAUGAAUGAAGGCGGUUUGCCUUAUGGUGGUAAUGUCAUAAAAAUUAUCAAGAACAUUCGUAUUUGUGUAGAUUGCCAUAACUUCAUGAAAUUAGUAUCAGAUGCAUAUCGAAAGGAGAUUAUUGUGAGAGACUCAAACCGCUUCCACCACUUUAAAGAUGCCCGAUGCUCGUGUAAUGACUAUUGGUGACAUAUUAACGAGCUGCAAGAUAUGGGGUACAAGACGCGGGGAAGUUCCAUGCUUUUGAUGUUUGAAGCAUUUGCUUAAGCAGGAAACGUAUUUGUGCUGCGGAAGGUAUGUCAUGGAAUGAAAGCUGCAGCUUAUUCUCCUGCAAAGAAUUUUGGCAGAAUAGUUAGAGGACAAGAGAGCUGUUUACCAGAAAAUCUAAGAUGCUUUGCUGAUCCAAAAACGAGGUGGGGAGAAAUAUGAAACGUUGAUUAUGUACUGCAGAGAUCAUUGACUAGACUAAGGUGUGGCACUGGUGCAUGAAAUAAGUGAGAGGCUUGUUUUGGAACUUAAGCUGGACACAUUCUUCAUUACAAUAUUCAGCAAGCAACAAUGAACUAGCUGAGGAACUUUUUGAGGAGUCUAGAUCAAAUAAUUAUGACCUUAACUGUUGUUUCUUCGGCAUAAUGAUGAGAGUUUUGAGAAAUUCGGGGAAUCAUUGGAAAGCUGGAAAUCUAUUUGUCCUGGUGAAAUAAGCGGGUAUUUGAGCCCAUAAUUGCCACCAUGCACUUGCUUAUGGCUUCUUAUGGAAUCUCUAACAUCCUGAAUGCUCUCUACCCUAAGCCUCUGUUACAGAUGCACGUCUCAAACAUAAAUAAGUUUGGAGACAAAAGGUUCAGGAAGAUGAAGGAAAUAGUCUUGGAACUAGAUCAGCGAAUAUGGAUAUGCUUUAUCAGAGGUGCGAGCUUAUAAUGGAUGAUAACUAAAGCAUGCUUGUUCAUAAGCUUCUGGGAGAAAAAUCCGAAUAAUUUCAGAGGUGGGCCGACAUUAAGAGAAACUAGAACCUCUGGAAGACAAUGGAGCUCUAAA